UUUAUUGAUUGUAGUUCUAAAUUGUAGUUUAUUCGAAAUUUGAAAUUUGAAAUUCUAAAUUUGUAAUUUGUAAUUUGUAAUUCCAAGACAAGAAAAGUUGCCAGAAUGUCAACGACUUCGUGCUGGGCCUUUGAACCAAAAUCGAAUUGUUCAGCCAAUGAACUACUCGCUUGGCUAAAUGGCAUCGUAGGAGCUGACUUUGGAGAAGUUAGCGAAUUACGUACUGGUGCAGCCUAUUGCCAAGCUAUGCAUUAUCUUUUCCCCUACACAAUUGAUUUGAGAACGGUUGUAUUUUUUACUAAUGUGAAAAUGGAUUGUGUACAUAACUAUAAGUUGCUGCAAUCAGCAAUUGACUCUCUCAGAUUUGUUAUCAAGUCUAAGAUAAUACCGAUAUUGGAUAUUACUGAGUAUCGCUAUAUACCAAAUUUACAUUUUCUAAUUUGGUUUAAACAGUUUUAUGAUUCUCACUGUAAAAACUCAACUAGCACUCGUGAUCAUGUUGCAGAACGCUUCAAUCAAAAAAUUGGUUAUGGCACUCCAACCAAUGAAUCCGUACAAAAAUAUAUAGCGGUUGCCAAUACCAAACCACAAAGUAUCCAUAAGGCUGAAAUUAUUAAAAAGCUGCUUGAUAUAAAGGUUGGUUCAAAGAGCUCAGAGAAAGACCACAAGGAUGCUAUGCUACAGAGCGUGCUUGCUGAAAGGAAUUCAUAUAAGAAAAAAUUGAAUAAUAUUGAGGCAGUGUGCAAACAAUACUUGACUAAACAUCCGUUUGCUUACAAAAUGGUGAAAAUCCUACAGGAUGUUAAAAUACAAGAAAGGUCAUUUACUGCACAAGGAUUAUCAAAAAAAAACGAAUUAUUGUAGUAAUUAAUGUAGUUUUUUGGUUUAUAAAAAGUAAAUAGUACUUCAUCAUAUAUAUGGACGCCAGAAACUCAAUAUCCAUCCGGUGUUCGCUGAUAUCAUUCCUUGGUAGUAAUCCACGAAGAAAGAGUAAAUCUCAAAAGAUAAAAUGCAACUUUUUUUGAAAUGCCUUUACAUUUAUUGCUGACUUAUAUACUAAAAAGUUCCUUAUGAUUUUGACAGCACUGGGUCUUACAAACGUCAGUGCGAUUUGUAAUGCAUGCAAUGACAACGGAGUUGCCUGCAUAAGCCAAAAUGAAUUUCAAGUCUGUAUCGAUGGUGUGGCUGAUACUUCGAAAAGUUUUACCUGCACUGGUGCCAACGAGUUAUGCACUACUUUUGGCCGGGCAUGCAUGGAUCCCACCGCUACCCAAGGAGUCACUAUAACACCAGCCUGUGGAGAUACUUCAAAGUGUGGUGUAUGCACAGAUGCUCUUCCAGGUGGCUUUACUUGCACUAGUCGUACUAGUUAUACAAUGUGUUCUGGUGGAAGCUUAACAGAUGUACGUGGUUAUUGUCCAGACAAGUAUAUAUGUAAUGUGAACGAAGCUUCUUCUGGAACUCCAUGUGUGUUGGAAGGAUGUAAUUUAGAUUUAGAUCAAUUAUGUGAUCUAAGUGAUCCAAUUGAUGGCCCAAUUGAUGAUCCUGACGCAACUACAACUGUACUUCCGGUAACAACAACUGCACCACCCGUUACAACAACUGCACCACCUGUAACAACAACUGCACCACCCGUUACAACAACUGCACCACCUGUAACAACAACUGUGCCUCCAGUAACAACAACUGCACCUCCGGUCACAACAACUGCACGUCCAGUCACAACAACUGCACGUCCUGUAACAACAACUGCACAACCCGUUACAACAACUGUACCUCCAGUAACAACAACUGCACCUCCAGUAACAACAACUGUACCACCAGUAACAACAACUGCACCUCCAGAAACAACAACUGCACCUCCAGAAACAACAACUGCACUUCCAGAAACAACAACUGCAUCUCCAGAAACAACAACUGCACCUCCAGAAACAACAACUGCACCUCCAGAAACAACAACUGCACCUCCAGAAACAACAACUGCACCUCCAGAAACAACAACUGCACCUCCAGAAACAACAACUGCACCUCCAGUAACAACAACUGCACCUCCAGAAACAACAACUGUACCUCCAGAAACAACCACAGUACCUCCUGCAACCACAACAACUGUGCCACCUGUAACACUCCCAACACCUAACGAAGUAUGUUUCGGAUACACAGCCGCUGGACGUUAUCCAUACCCCGGAGACACCGGAUGUACAAAUUACGUUUACUGCUUCUGGAAAGGAGGUUACUUACAAGGUACGGCGAUGACAUGUCCCGCAGGAUUGUACUUCAGUGCAGAAGCCAACAAUUGCAUUAACGUUAAACCAGCCACAUGUGUGUAAAUUAGAACUUUCUGAACCCUAAAUUAUAGGUUUUCCUAGCUAUAAUUUUCAAAGUGAAUAUGACUAGAGUAUACACCACUUUA